UGUCUUUUUUUCAUGAACAUGUAUUAUGUGGAAGGUUUUAGUGAACUUCACAAAAUUAAGAAGAGAAAGAGGAGGCAAAGAAAGCCAACAUCAUUUACGGUGAUUUCCUGUCUGACCACCUGACACCUACAGGGGGUGCCAUUGUGGAGGCUCAUGUCUCUCUACUAACCACACCCCCAAAAGAGGAGGAGCCAAACAACACUCCUGAGCCGGCUCCUGUUGAGGUCCAGCCCGGGGUCCAGCCCUCAGAGCCUUGUCUUGCUGCCUUCCAGUCCGUCAGUGCCAGCAUGUGCAAACCCGUGGGCCUUCUAGACAUCCCUGGCGUCGUUCUGGACAAGCCUCGUCAAUCAGAACAAAAUCUCCUCAAGAGACCAGGCCUGCUCCUCUUCUCCAUCCCUCCAGAGGAGGAAGUACAGCAGCAGAAGAUGGAGAAAGUCAACACACAGAGGAGAAAGAAACAGAACACGACUGAGGUGCAGAAGACUCAAUCCCAGAAAAAGCCCAGGGAACUGGUCAGUUUCUUCAUCCCUCUGACAGAAGAAGAGAAAGAGGAGGCAAAGAAAGCCAACAUUGUUUAUGGUGAUUUCCUGUCUGACUACCUGACACCUACAGGGGUUGACACUGUGGAGGCUGCUGUCUCUCUACAAACCACACCCCUUAAAGAGGUGGAGCCAGACAACACUCCUGAGCCGGCUUCUGUUGAGGUCCAGCCCUCAGGGCCUCGUCCCACUGCAUCUCCCAGUGAUCCAAAAGAGAGGAAGAUGUACGAUCGGGAAUUCAUGCUGAGCUUGCGGUUCGUCAGUGCCAGCAUGCGGACAAGCAACAUCAGGUUCAUCGGAGAGCUGUUUAAGCUGAACGUGUUGAAGGAGCAGAUCAUGCACACCUGCAUCGUCAAGCUGCUGAAGAACCACGAUGAGGAGAGUCUCGAGUGUCUCUGCAGACUCCUGUCCACCAUCGGCAAGAACCUGGACCUCAAGCAGGCAAAGGUAACUAGUGCUCUCACACACACACAAACCCUGCCUAAUUCUCUUCAGUCAUGUUAA